GUCCCGGUUCAGGAUAUACCCCACAGCCACCCAUAUCAGCUCUGACACCACACACAGACAGACAGAAAGCAGGACACUCAGGGGCAUGAUGAUGUUCAUGCAGUCAGGCCUUGAUGACGUGACCAAGCAGAGAAUGUUACAGGCUCAGAUGCAGUUAAAACACGCCAGAGGAGGGCGUCUGAAUCUGGGGAAGAAGGUCAGCGUUCCAAAAGACGUGAUGGUAGAGGAGCUCACCCUCCCGUCCAACCGAGGCUCUCGCAUGUUUCAGGAGAGGCAGAGGCGGGCUGAGAGAUUCACGCUGGAGAAUGCGGCCAACAGUGCUCACAACGCCAUGAGUGCCCAUCCGGUGGCUGUUCCCCCCCCACAAAUCAUCCAAGAGCCUCAGGGAAGAAAAGAGAACCAAGCUUUCUCUAUCCCUGGUAAGCAUAGCCUGGUCAUGAACCUUAAGAAGACACUAGCAAAGAAGGGCAGUCCUGAUGUCCUCGCUCCAGGAUAUUCUGGCCCACUGAAGGAGAUUCCCCAUGAGAAGUUCAACACAACGAUGACUCCCAGAUCUUACUGGUCUCCAUGGAGGGAAGCUUUGCGCGACAAUGAGGAGCUUCUGGAACCCCUCAAUGCCCAGUUGCCCUUACCACAAAAAUAUCAGCUUGCCCACUACAGGUGCUUCAACAGAUCUCCCAGGCCUUUUGGAGGCGCGCUGUCCAGCAAGAGGGUGAUCCCCAUUAUUAGCUUUGAGGCCCAGGAAUCCCAAAACCUGCCCGGUGCUGCUUUAGACCGCAUGUGUCAUCGGCCUAAUUUCAACAAAGCACCCAGGGGGUGGGAACAUCAUCACUGCCCUGAAUCUAAUGAACUAUGAAAAAAUGACUAUUAGCUUAAGACUGUCAUCCCUCUGUUAGUCAGC